AUGAAUAGACCUCCGCAAGGCCGUGGUCAGCCACGUCUCGGCGCUACAUGGUAUCCAGGGGGCCAGGAUGACUUUUACAUGCCAGAAGUCAUAUCCCCCUCUCCUCAAAGGGUAAUGCCGGAAGUUCCAGAAAACAUGCAGGACAAUAUAGCCCACCUCGAGCACGAAGCGCGGAUCCCCCACCACGGCCAAUAUGCUCCAGUCCAGCAUGAUCGCUCACGUUUCCCUGAGCGGUCUUCAUCCGUCGCGGUCGCGCAGGGACAGCCGCCACUUGGCGCGGGUUACGAUGUCGUCCAUCAUGAGCACUCCGCGGUCUACGACAUGGGAUCUUCUACCGUUUCUCCUUUCCCUGUCCUGAGAAACCCCCCGCCAAAUGUACCCCCUACCGACGAGCAAAGAGAAGCCAGUUUGGAGAGAGCUCGAAUCGCUGUUCUGUCGUCCAACGACCCGGAGAUGCAGUUGGCCUGGGCUCAGGACGCUCUCGCCUACGUUGAGGUCGCGGUGCAAAACGAGGCUCGUCUCUCCUUGAUUCAGCCUCCCAGGCCGCAGACUCCUCCUGUGGAGCGUCAGUUGAAGCUCGAUGCGAUGAACAUUGUGAACUUCUUGGCGGAUCAAUACCACCCCAAGGCCGAUUUCAUCAGAGGCAUGUGGCUAGAGUUCGGGAAAUUCGGACAUCGCGUGGACAAGAAGGCAGCUUUUCGCGCCUAUACAAGAGCUGCGGACAGAGGAUAUGCUCGGGCGGAGUAUCGUAUCGGAAUGCAGUUUGAAAGUUCUGGAGAACCGGAGAAGGCUAUCAAACACUACGAAAAGGGAGUCGCCCUUGCUGACUCCGCUUCUUACUAUCGUUUGGGCAUGAUGAUCCUCCUCGGCCAGCAUGGUCAGCGGCAGGAUUACCAGAUGGGCUUGGAUUAUAUCAGCCUUGCUGCACAAUCUUGCGACGAGAAUGCGCCCCAGGGUGCCUACGUUUAUGGUAUGCUCUUGGCACGGGAACUCCCGCAGGUCAAUGUACCAGAAAGCUACCUUCCCCUGGAUCUUAACGCUGCUCGUGUCAACAUUGAAAAGGCAGCCUAUCACGGAUUUGCCAAAGCUCAGGUUAAGAUGGGCGCCGCCUAUGAACUGGGUCAACUCGGCUGCGACUUCAACCCUGCACUAUCCUUACAUUACAACGCGCUGGCUGCGCGUCAAGGGGAGCCGGAAGCGGAGAUGGCGAUUAGCAAAUGGUUUCUCUGCGGCCAUGAGGGCGUUUUCGAGAAGAACGACGAGUUGGCCUUCAAAUUUGCUCAUCGUGCUGCGCUCAGUGGAUUCCCGACAGCUGAAUUUGCGCUAGGAUAUUUCUACGAGGUUGGUAUAUACGUCGAUGUCGACCUCAAGGAAGCCAGGAGCUGGUAUGCCAAGGCUGCCGCGAAUGGGAAUAAAGACGCUACAAGUCGGAUCGACAGCAUCUCGCGGUCAAAGACACUGUCGAGGAAGGAUCACGAGAAUGUCGCGAUCGCCCGCAUCAAGUCGCGCUACGGGUCGCACCAGCGUGAGAGUUCUCUAGAAUCAACGCAAGAGAACCUCGAAAUGCCCGAUCCAUCCAGGAUGAGUCUCUCGGACACUGGACACUCCGCCGCGCCUUACCCCGACAGACCAGGGUCCCGUUCCCGGCCCGUUUAUCCACAGGGCUACUCAAUGGCCGACCCGCGCCCCAGCUCGGCUUUUGGGAUCAACCCCAAUAUCCGUGCGAAUGCGCCCAACUACAACCGGGCCGCGUCUUACGGCCCAGGUCCUCAGAAUUACCGUAACCCGGGGCCGGGAGCGCCGCCAUCGGUUGGACCGAUGAGUCCGACAGGUGUGCAUAGCCCAUCGGGAACACCCAAACUCGAUAUCGGUUACUCAGCGCCACUUGAUCAGCCUCCCAACGCUGAUGCUCGGAGACGCCCUCAGCGGCUCGAUGGUGCACCCCGGACCGGAAGCCUGCGCGAACUGCUCUCGAUGGGAUCGCCACGGCCGCAAGUCUCACCUUCUGCUGCGUCAUUCCCUCAGUCGUCAAGAACCGCAGCAAGCCAAAAGCCCACAACACAACCUUCCAAACCCUCCGCAGGGGGUCUCCCCGGCAAGGGUCCAAAGACAUUCGAAGAAAUGGGAGUCCCUACUGCCCAAAAGGACAGUGAUUGCGUAAGUUCUUGA